AUGGCGACCGAAUUGACACCGGCACAACAGCGUCAAGCACAUCUCGCCAGGCUCAAAGCCAAGAACAAGUUGAAGCAGGACGCUCAGGCUAUCAAAGCCACGAGAAAGCCUGCCAACUUCGUCAACACCACGCCUCAUCAACCAUCAUCCAGCAGGAACGCCGCUUCGGGAGUACAAGCUGCCGCCAAAGACCUCAAAGAUACCCCUGCGCCUCUGCCUAGGGAUUCCAGGCUCGGCAAAUAUUUCGAAUACGACUUGAGCAAGCUGCACAACUCCAAGGGAGGAUUCUUGACAGAGGAGGAUGGAGAUGCUAGGCAGACGAUGGCGGCGAUCCAGAGGGAAAAGGCGAGGGAGAGAGCACGGAUCGCCGCCGGCGAAGAGCCUGCCAUCAAUCCAGAGACGUCGCCGAGAUGCGCCAUCUGUGGCAGCCUGGAGCUAGAUCACGAAUUCCUGCGGGUGUUCGGAGUACGAAUAUGUAAGAAGGACAAGAAGGACCACCCGGAACAAUAUUCACUGCUGACCAAGACGGAAUGUCGAGAGGAUUAUCUUCUCACCGAAUCAGAACUCCGUGAUCCGGCCCUUUUGCCUCACCUUCUCAAGCCCAACCCGCACGCCUCAAAUUACAGCAACAUGAUGCUCUACCUCCGCAUACAAGUGGAAGAAGUCGCUUGGAAGAAGUGGGGUGGACCCGAGGGCCUUGAUGAAGAAUGGGAGAAGCGGGAGGAUGUCAAACGCGAAAGAAAGGUCAAGAAGUUCGAGGACGGAUUAAAGGCCCUACGGAGAAAGACCAAGCACAAUGCUUAUCAGGUCAGGCAAGAUGCCGAGCAUCAACACGAGUACGAAGAUAUACCGACCGACAACCCAGAAAUCAUCCACCGAACGUGUAUCGAAUGUGGGCAUUCACUCGAAGUUGAGGUGAUGUAA